AUGCGCAAUAUCUCAAGAUUUCGAUUUAGUAUGAUUAUGGAUUUAAAUAAUAAUAUUUAAAAAGAUGAAAUACAUAAUUAACUUAAAAAUUAUGGAUAUUUAUUAGUCAAAGACUCAAGAAUUGAUUGGAAAGCAAAUGAAGAAUAUUUUGAUUUAAUGGAGACUUAUUUUGAUAAAAGAUCUAGAGAAUUAGAAUAGAAUGGAAAAGUUAAUGAUUGUUUUCCUUAAUAUAAAUAUUAAGUUGGAUUAGGAUAUGAAAAUAUAGGUAAACCAAAUUACGAUAAGGAGUCUUUGAAAUAUAUGAUUGAUCAACCAAUUAUAAUUGAUAGAGAUCCUAAAUGGAAAUACUUUUGGCCUUAUAGAUAUGAUGGAUUAUAUAAUCCUCCUAAAUGGAUUCCAUAAGAUUUUAAGAAUUUUGAAAGUAUUAUGAAUAAUUGGUAAUUUUAAUUAUUAAGAACAACAGAAUAAGUAUUAGAAAUAUUGUCAUUAGCAUUUGAAGAGGAAAAAGAAUUUUUUUAUAACAAUAUGAAUAAAGCAACUCAUUUAUUAUCACCAAUAGGUUGUGAUUUAUAAAAGCAUUAAAUAAACACCAGAUUUUCUGGAUAUCAUUAUGGUACUAUUAUAUGUAUUAUAUGAAUUAAGAUUUAAAUUUUAUUACAGUUCAUACAAAAUCAAGAUUUCCUGGUUUAUUUGUCUGGUUACCUAAUGGAAAAAGAGUAGAAUUAAGAAUUCCUGAAAAAACUAUAUUAUUUUAACCAGGAAAACUGUUUGAAUUUAUGACAGGAGGUAUUUAUAAGGCAGGAUAUCAUGAAGCCUUAUUAACAGAAGAAGCUAAGAAAGAAUCAAUAAAAUUAAAUAAAAAAUGGAGAGUAACUUCAACUAUAUUUAUUAUGCUUAAUGAUAAUACAAUAUUAUAACCAAUGAAUUAUUUCAAAAAUUUAAAUAUUUAGAAAUAUGAAGCAAUAAGUGUAAAAGAAUAAUUUAAGAAAGAACUUAAUAAAUUGAGUUAUGUAUGA